UGUGCAGAGGCUGCACAAAACCACAUUGCACCAGUCACUGAUUUCAGUGUUCUUUGAGAUGGAUCACAGAGCGUUCCUUGUUGCUGUUCUCCAACUUUGUAGAAUUUUAGCCAGCAUGGAAGGAAGGUUUGUGGAUUCAACUAUAAAGCAUUCAGAGAAGAUGAAACUGGAAUGCACAUAUCCGAAAAAAGCUGUGAUAAUACAGACAUCCUGGAUGAAACAACAUGGAAGUCAUAAAGAAAAUGUUGCUGUCUUGCAUCCUACCUAUGGUGUACAUAUUGAAGAUAAGUACAGAGGAAGAAUAUAUUUUGAAAAUACUUCCAGGGAAGACCAAUCCUUAUCCUUCAACAAGAGCACUUUGGAAGAUGUUGGUCUUUACUUUUGCUCUAUUGUAACUUACCCAGAUGGAGUUACUGAGAAGGUAAUAGAAGUUAUUCAUCCAGAUGCUUUUGAAAUGUCUGAGAGACAAAAUAAUCCAGUGUUUGCCAAGCCAGGAGGAAGCGUCACUUUUACUUGCCAUUAUGAUAUUGAAGGUUCAGUACAGCAAGUGAAGUGGGAAAGGAUUAAAGCAGGCGGGACAGAUACCAUUGUCCUGUGUACCUCAGUAGGAGGGCGAAGCUUUGGUUCAGAUUUCAGAAAUCGUGCACAGGUGGAUUGCUUUGGUCGGGCAAGCUCCACGAUUGUCAUUCAAAACGUCACAGCCUCUGACUUUGCAACAUACCGCUGCGUGGCUACUGGAAGAAAUAAAACAUUUGAGAUGUGUUUCACUGUGGUUGCAACUUGGGAUCACAAAUGGUUUAUUAUCUACAUAGCUGGAGGAACAUCUGCUGCUGUUUUACUGUUAGUUUUCCUACUCAUUUUCUGCAUCACCACUGCUUAUCGCAAAAAGAAGAAGAGGAAGAGGAUCACAGAGGCCUUAUUUAAUGCUCUGUAUCCUACUCAGGAAGAGCCUGGUAACAAUUAUGCAGAACACAAUUAUCACUCCUCAUGGGACACAGAAAGAGGAAAAGAAGAGUCAUCACUCUGGCCGACACAGGAGAUUUAUGUGAACUGCAUAAACCUAAGAAAUGACAAUUAGCUUCCUUCUUGUGAAUGAAAUAACCCAAGUUCAGGCCAUGUAUUUGUGUGUUGGACUUGAUUUGUUUUGCACGGGUGAGCUGCAGAAGGUUAUAUUGGCUGUGCCAAGCAUGGUCCGGGCUUCUCUGGCCAGACAGGUAUCUAAGCUGGCCAGGGCACAUCUGCAUUAUAAGAUAGUCUGCAGCACUAACGCACCCCUUGAUUCAUAUGUCGAAGUGAAGACUAUUGGUACUUCUAAAAUUUAAACAUUUUUACCCAACUUUUGCACUUACAGGUAAUAAUUUUAGAACAACUAUGCAGAACAAAGCAGAAUAUGUUUAAAUUACAUUCAUUUCACUGGAGAAACAAAUGUCUGAGAAGUCUGUGUGGCAAGGUGAGAAAGAAAAUGUGCUCAGUUCUCUGUAUUCAUGACUUUCAAAUCCCAAAUUGAAAGCAUUAUAGAAUAAAAAAAUGUCCAUGAUUUUCCACACAGGAGGUGUUGUCACACUGUUGGGCAAACAGUAUUAUUCAUCUGGCAAAGGGAAAUGUAUCGGGGAUCCUUGAAGUUAGAUUUAAAAGCAGGAAGAGUGCUGUCUGGCAGCGAUGUGGUUUACAUGCUGCUUGCCACUCAUGACAGCUCUUCCAGUGCUCACUAUUUGUGCUACAGAAUAGAAGCACAGCCCCCAGCCGACAAGUACUCUCACACAUGCACACAUAUUUUUUUUCUCUCUCACUCGAAUGCUCGGGAGAAAACAAAACGUGAAGACUGUUACUGUCAAGUUAUAUUUAAUAAUAAUUUAUUAUAAGGUUUAGUUGCACAAAAAAUAAAUGAGAACAUGGAAGAUACAUGAAUAAAUGAUGCAAAGCAGAAAAAGCACGAUUGAGAACAUUUACAAAACAAUACAUGUACAUGUGUGAUUGUAUGUGUGCAUAUGUAUAUAUUCUGCUGAAAACUACAGAACGAACCACACAGAAAUUGAACUAACAGACAAAAAAAAAUUAUAAUAAAUAAAAAUAAAACAAACAGAACUAGAAGGCAGACCUGAGAAUUAGGAUCUACACAUCUUUUGGCCUUUUACAAAUCUGCCAUGUUACUGAGGAUGGAAUCCCAGUCAAUGAAGAUGUUACCAUGAGAGCUGAUAAUUAUAUACGUCUGCAUUCUAUGAACUGUAUGCCUGGCCCACCAAUGCCUGAUUCCCCUUUUCUCUUGUAGAAUUAGUAAAAGUGUGACUGAAUAUGACUUUUCUUUUGGAAAGGUGUUGAGGGAAGGCAUCAUCAGUCUGCCUGAAAAACAGUUACUGGUUCAACUUGUCUGGCUAAGGAGCCUGACAGUGAAAAGCAGAAGGUAUGUGGCUUUCGCCAAUGAAAGCUUUCUUCAUGUGCAAAGGAGAACAUGAGUCUAGGAUCUUGAGUGGACACAGGACUUCUAUGAACUACUUGAGUGAUGAUAGUGUCACACAGAUAUCCUAUACUUCACCUAAAAAUCUAAAAACAUAAACCAGAGUCCUUCAGCCUAGCAUUAAAGACUUAAAUUCUUUUACAGUGUCAAACACCAUUAUAAAACAUCUCAUUUUGGUUUUGCGUACUCCUGAACAAGGACACAUACAUAUUACAGGGAUAUAUUUUUCCUUUCACUUCUUGAAGGUAUUCAGAUAUAUAAAUGCUUGCAUGUGCAAUUGAUGAGGAUACACAGACCUGUACUAUUAAUAAGUUGGUUUAUUUCCUGAGUUAUCGUAUGUCAAAGCAGAUAAUUCUAAGUUGUGCACAGCAUUACAAGUAAAACCCUGUAGCAUUGGGUCAUUUCCUUGAUGAUUCCAUUUAUAUUAAAAUGCCAAAAUGAUGAUGUAAUGAAUUAGAUUACAUUGAAGAUCUCAGUUGGAAUCCUGAUACGGAAAUAUCCAUAAGCCAGGAAGUUGCUAUUGAUUCACUGUUUGUAGAGACACUCAUAACACAUCCCUACUUCAUUGAGGACAGAAAAGGGGGAGAGGUGGAGGUUAAGAGUCUGUAAUAUCAGACUGCUUUUAUUAUAUCUGGUAAUGCCCUUAUUUCUUGCUUCCCCUGGUGCUUUUUGCUUGUCUACGUGCUUUUUUUUUUUUUGCUUUUUUUCCCAAAAGAAUUGGUUUUUUUUGUUGUUUGUUUGUUUUGUUUUGUUUUUUGAGAUUUGAGGAAAGAAAAAAAAAUCUGUAUUGCACGGCUUUGCAGAUAUUUAAUCUAGUUUAAUUCAAAUUCCAUAAACAUAUUACUUCUAUCAAGAUAGUCCACAGGGAAAAUCACAUUACACGUAGCAUAAUAAGAACAGUAUUUUUUUUUUCUCAUAAAGCAAACCCAAAACAAUAGUUUCAUUUUUGUAUUGUUGUAAUAUCAGUGAACAGCAGCUGAACAUGAGACUGAUACAAAUAAAAACCAAAAAGAAAACAAUUCACACCUCAUCAAUAUUCUCCGUGGUUUAAAAACAAGUAAGUUAUGCACAAGAAAAACCUCCAAAAGUGUCAUUGGAAAUGAGAUGCUGAAAUUCUUUAAAUGCUUUAUGAGUCUGGGAGGAUGGGACCUAGUGAGAGCCUGUUUGCUAUGUAUGAGUAUGGAUUAUGCAAAUAUUCUGUCCUGUGCAGAAUACCACAAUCUGUUGUUUGUGUUUAAUUUCAAAACUUCCCAUAGAUUUGCCUUUCUCUUUUGGAAACUGUCACUUUUUUGGGGGGGUAAAACUGAUCAACUCUAACUUGGAAGUUUCACCUUGAACAGCUCCUGUGAUACUUAAUCCUGUAUUACUUGCUCAGAUAGUUAAAAGAGAAAAAAAAAAAAAAAAUCAAGGAAGAAACAUGGCAUGGCUAUGGACAGCAGAUAGCUCAGAACACUAUCUCAGCUGUCCCUUUUGUUGUUUUAAAGCCUUAGAAACUCUACUGAAAGGAAAUAAAGAUAAUAAAGCAUUUUUCCAUUACAGAAGAGUGACUUCAAUCACUGAGUAACUACUUUCUGUGCAACAGGAAAAUGGACCUAUGAUAUUUUAAGAAAAGGAAAAGUAGACUUCUUUUCCAUAAUAAUAAAAAAUCAUAUUUUGCCAUCCUGGUUUAUACUGGGUGAAAAAGGCAGCUGUUUAAGCCUCGUGUACAAAGGAAAAUUCAAUUUUUGUUACUUUUAGUACCUUUUAGAUUAAUAGAAAUACUAAGUCUUUGAAGAGCUUAAAUUCAUAUCAUUUGUAAAAGAAGAAAUCAGAGAAAAAGAAAACAUUUCAAUUCUUAUUAUUUUAUUUAUUUUAAUAUAAGACAGGCAGUCACCAGACUUUGGAUCAACAAGGAGAAUACUAAAGCAACUGUCUAUGAAAGGUGGUGCAAGUUAGAACAGUAAGAUAAUACAUGACCUCUUGUUGCCACAUCUUCCUUCCUUUAUCUCAAAUAUGUCCCUAUACCUUAAAGAGCUCCCCUGACCCUCUAAUAUAUUAAUGACAGUGACUGUUCUGCUUGUCUUUCCAUCUUCUUUGUCUGUGCAUUUUCGGGUUAAAUGCACCAGUCAGGAAGCAGUCUGCUACAAAGGCUGGAUCCAAUGAGGAAUGGGAGAACAUUCUACCAACUCCCGCUUAAGGAAGAGCAGUCUAACACUUAAUCCUCCAUCCAAUUCCACCUACCCUAAAUUCCUAGGCUCCUUUUCCAUGAGACAACGUAAGUUUUGUAAUGACUGUCAGAAAUAAUUACUUUUAACAACUGUGCUACACAAGCAAACCAACUGCCUGUUCUUCAGGUGUUGGUUUGAUCAUAGGUAGGUGGCUGCUUACUCUAGAAAGAUUCAAAUAAGGAAACAGACUUCAGAAAAGGAAAAGAUUUCGAAGGACUGAUCUCAGUAUCAGAUUCAUUAAGCACUGAGAUAGGCUUUCCAGGGAGGUGGUUGAGUCACCAUCCCUGGAUGUGGUUCUAAGGGAUGCGAUUUAGUAGAGGGUUGUUAGUUAGGGUAGUACAGUUUGGUCAUUGUUGGACUCAGUGAUCUUUAAGGUCUUUUCUAACCUGAGUGACUCUAAUCAUAAAGACCUUUGGGAUUCAGGGCUCUGUUUAUCUUCUUUUAUAACUACAUAUCAUGUCUCUCUAAACCUUCUGUGUCACUGAGCUAUGUAAAAGUUCAAAUCAAUGGUACUUACUUACACCAGCUAACACUGCCUCAGUGAGUACUCCCCAGAACAAGUGGAAGAAGGCUUAUUUCCUUUAAAGUCCAAAUGCUCAAUGGAAGUUAAUCCCCUAAACAGCUCUGUAAGUCUGAUACUACGGGUUAGUUCCAAAUCCUCUCUUCAAGACAGGCUGGAAGCUCCAGGAGUAGAAACUACACAUCAGGUUCAUAGUGUACAUUAUUUAACAUGGAAGUACAGCAAUUCAACACACAUUUCAAAUACUCACACAUUCCUGAGGAACUGGGCUAGAGCACAGAACAACUAAGAACAAGAUGUGUCUCCAUGGGUACACCAUUCUGGGUUGUGAUGUCAGAGUACAUGUGAGGGGUCAGGGUCAGGGUGGCUACUUUCCCUUUGACAUCUAGUAUGAAGGGUCCCACCCUGAGGCUACAGACACAGUGGUCUUCAAAGCACUGAUACUGAUUGGGCUUUUCAGUGGUAAAUGACAUCCCAGAUGUUCCUGCCACCAUAGUUGUUUCAUACAGCUUCCUGCAUACCAAACCAGCCAGGGAAUGAAAGACCUUAGCUAAGUUCCUACUGUAGGCUGCAGCAGACACACCCCAUCCUAACUCUCCCUCUUGAAGCUGGGAUCCUGUACAGAAACAACACUCAUGCUUUAAGGACUAAGAAGAAGAGCCAGAAGUGAGCUUACAGCACCUAGUAGGGUGCUCCUCCAGCAAGAACAUUCUCAUUUUUGUUUUCCCCCAUAAUGCUUUUUUUUCUCCAUUCUAGUCCUUCCAUACUGAAUAACAACUCAUGAGAGAAGGGUGAGAACAUGGAUAACUAUAGGACAAAUACAUGGGAAGUCUGUGAACAUUUCCUUUGAAAUAAGAGAGCCUCGGGUUUAUUGAGAUAGCAUCAGCUAUGUGAGGCUGGGAGGCUACUGGAGCAGACUGCUGCCAUGACACUGUCACUGCUCUGAUGAACCACAAAGGUGGAGUUUUACCUUACUGCCUGUGCCUGGAACACAAGGGUCAAGCUAGAAAUUGCAAAAGAAAUAUAGUAAGUUAUUUACAGCAAGAUUCAAAAGAUUAGUAAUUAUUAGCUCCACAUCAACACUGUUAGCCAGCACAAUUAGAUAAAGUGACUAAAUUUCUAGCUCUGCGACAUUUUUUGUCUAAUUUUAUGCUUACUUAAAACAAUAAUUGUGUAGUUUUAGGAAAAAAAAAGUAUUUUGGUGAUUCUGACAGAGAUUUAUCACUUUUCUUAACAGUUUAUUUACUUACAAAGUUAUGGUAGAUAAAUCAUUGAUCUUAUGAAGCAGUAAGUUUUCUAACAUGAUUUAAAUGACAAACAGCUUAUCAUGCUAAGAUACAGUCAUAUAAAUACACAGUAUCUUUUCCUUUUGAUCUUUCUCUGGAAAAAACAGUCUGAAGCAGAAAUCUAUUAGCUCAUUCUAAAUUUCCAUAACUUACACAAAAAUCACAUUAAGGGAGGACUUUUCUCACAGAACUUUGUUGAAUUAUAAUUGGAAGCAUAAAUGGGAACACCCGUGUACAUAUUUUUAUGCAUCAUAAAAUGCAAACACUGCUGCUAUUAUCACAAAUCUGAUCAGCUCUCAAAUACUCUUUAAGUCAUAUUUUUAGCAAUAUCUGGCUGCAGAAUUGUAUACUAACAGUUAUGAUGCAUUGUGUAUAUCUUUUGAGCACUAGAUUGCAUAAUGCACUUAAGCUGGGCUCUUGGCUCUUCUAGCCCUGUUAGGGAAAAUGCACUGAGCGCUUCUAAGCCUAUUGCAUAGAGCGUCAUAGAGCUGUGGGUUGUGUUAAACACAAAAUAUUGUUCCCAGCUUUGAUAAAAUCAGAAGCUGAAUGUUCUGGAAAGCUGUACUGCACUCAAUGUGAUCCACUGCUAUCUGCUAAAAUUCUACUAAAUUCUCCCAAUCUUUUUAAAGAUUAAAGUUUUGGUUUUAAUCAUUACAAUUUUUUUUCUUGAUUUCUUACCUUAUUCUUAUUAUUUUCAUUAGAUUUCAGAUCCUUUCUUUCUAAAAUAGUGUUCUUCAAAGAAGGAAAAAAACCUCAAAGGUGUGAAAAAGUGAGCGUAUGUCAUAUUUGUGUAGAAAAUCAUAAUAGAUUUUUUCUGCGUUGCCUGAUUUUUCCUUGUAACCAUCUUAAAUCAGUUAAGCUUACAAAAGGCAGUCCUCGAACAUAAAUAUCUCCUGUCACAGCCUGUCAUCUACAGAAACUCAAAAAAUGCAACAAUUAACAUCAGUGAGGACAGCUCUAUUUUAAGUAUAUAUAUUUUUUCUGCUUUAGACAUAGGAGCCACAAUAUGAAUAAACGUUUAACUGAAGCCUUUAGUUUUGUUAUUUAUCAAAUUGCCAAGUCAAUUGAUUAAUAUUGUGCUGUUUUCUAUGUAUGCUGCAGUCUUGCUGUCAUACAAUCAUAAAAAGAUUGAAAACAACAUGCAGCCCACAUUAAAAACAAGGGUUAACUUCAGUCAUGUCAAAUACUGUUAAGAGUAUUUCACUAUUGUGAAAUGUAUCCAUUCUCUUGACAAUCUCAGGACUGUAGGAACAGAAUGAGGUAAAUCUGUUGAACCUCAUGAGGAUUUCUGUACUCAAGGAAAAAAACGAAACCUCAACUCCUGUUUAGGACUUUCAUUGGAUUUAAAAGAUUAACUCCUUCAUCUUAAAUAGCAUAUUGGAUUUUGAGCUUUCAUUUCCUUAAAAAGGAAUUUUCUAUUCCAUUACAACUUGCAACAUUCAAAUCAAUAUCGAUGUUUUAGCAUGUUUUAAUUGUAAUAUAUCGUGCUUAAAUAUUCCUAUCUGUUUUAACCUUACCGGAUAAAAAUCCGUCAAACUGUGUAUGCAUGUGAAGAUGCUGGAAGUAUAUUUGAAAAGUGGAACCUCUUUUUUCUUUAGGAGAAAACCUUCACCUAUGGAUUGUAAUCUUUACGUUUCAAAGCACAUGCCAUUUCAGUAGUUGCUAAAUACACAGCAGCUUCACCUAUCACCUUUCACUGUCCUGUAAGGGCACGGGAAUGGAAAGACUUCUAGUUGCUACAGCCAGUUUGACAAUGCCCUUGGACUUUUAUUCCACCAUGUGCCUGCACGUUUCCAGGAUAACACACACCUUUAUCUAAAAUGAAGAGCGUUUAUUUAGAAUAUCAAGAACAAACACAGCAUCCUUUAUGAAUUUCAAGACUUUGCAUUUUCAGCAUUAAUAUAUCAAACCUCAUACCCUUUGAUUUUAAAGUUUUGCCACCUAAGUCGUGUGCCCAGUUAUUACCUUCUGCUAACAAAGCAUAGCCCUGUUGUCAGUGGGGAAAAGUAAAGGGUUUUAAUAUAUACAAGUUGUGAAACAAGUUGGUUUGGAAAGAGUCACAAAUAUUUGGAUGAUGUAUGGAAAAACAAAAUGUUCCAGUGCUGCUGGAUCUGUUCCUAUAAUCAAGAAACUUCUCACACUUUCUCCACAGUCCACACUACUCCAUAUGUGGCUAAAAGCCAUGAGUAUUUAUUUUCAGCAGGUAUAAAAGGAGAUAAACACACACUGAUAUUACACCCUAAAAGGCAGAUUAAUUGGAACACAUUCCUUAUUUCUUUUGAGGAAGAAAUGGUAGUAAAUAAAUAACACCGUAUUUCAUGCUAGAAAGCACAGCCAUUUAAAAGACUUAUAUUUUGUCAUGGAAAACCAUCCUGCAGUUUCUAGGUUACCAAUUGAAAAUUAAUGAAUGUGGCUGGUGAGCUAAGUCUGAGUAGAGGUUUAUAUGCUACAGGCUGAUGAUUUUUUUCUAGAGAUCAAAUAGCUCAAAAAUCAGUACUCCACAUGGUAUUGCCUAUUACGCUAGAGAUCAAGAGCUGAACAAGCAUGAAGUUCAUUCCUUUUCUGAUAAAUGCAAUAGAGAGAUCUGACUAAUGCUCUUUUUUUUUUUUUUUUUCUUUUUUUUUUCUGUUUGUCGUGAACAGGUGAGGGUUUUCACAGUCUGCCUGCACUUAGCAGCUCCUAAAUAAGUGGGUGCCACAGGCUGUAUGCAUGCUAUACAUUAUUGCAGGCUGUAUGCAUGCUAUAAAUUAUUGCUAUAUAGAGCACUUCAAAAGAUUUCUGACCUCAGGUAAUUUCAGCCCUUCUUCCAGCACAGUCUUAUAAGUUUAGAACAAGGCUUGAUUAGAUAUGUGUUUCCUACUCCCCGUAAGGAUUUCUAUUCAUUUGUGAAAUGAAGUAUUUUUCUCAAAAUGCUUUGGAUAUUACUGAAACAGACUUUUGACAAAAUGAAAGAGAGCAGCUCUUGUUGCUGUCUAACAAACUUCUUUGGUUUGUUGAUAUGUUCCCAAGCUUUAUUUGCUAGCUUUAGGGGGAAGAAAAAAAAAGAAAAAGAAUUUUGCAUAAGCUGGUUCCAUGUGAAGACCUGCAAUCAGAGUCCAACACAGAAAGCAGAGCCUGAACAUUUAUUCAAGAAGGCAGAAAAUUCCAUGUUAUAAGACAUUUUUCUUUCUUAUUCCUCUACAUCAUUAGGCAAAUUUACUCCAAUAGAUCAUAUUCACAAAUGAUUGAAACUAUUAAUAAUAAAAUAUAGCCAUAUUAAAAAUGUGGCUACUCAAGUACCUUAGCACUAUUUUAUGACUUAUUACCAGGCUCCUUCAAUUUCUCCUUUUCUACACCAAGUGACUUCAAAAUCAAAAGUAAUAGCAUGCAUCAAUCCAUAAUAGUCAGUCAGGAGGUAUUGGUAACUAUAUUUAGCAAUGCUGUGUGUUAUUUGUUUAUAGGAAUGAAUGCAAUCAUUGUAAAGGUCUU